ACGUUUCUGCUGCUGCAAAAGCAAGAAAAGUGAAGUCAGACAUCUUUGAACUUUUUCUAAUUCUUCUUGAUGAAUUUAUUUUGUUAUCGCGGUUGAAAGGUGUAAAGAAUUUAUAAAUAAAAAAAGCACAAUUUAAUAAGAAAUUCGAUCACUAAACACAACUAAACCUUAAAUAACAUCAUGCCGCUUAAAUUGGACAUCAAAAGACGCCUAACAUCUCGCUCGGAUCGUGUGAAAUGCGUCGAUAUUCAUCCGGCCGAGCCGUGGAUGUUGUGCGCCCUAUACAAUGGCCACGUACACAUCAUGAAUUAUGAAAACCAACAAUUGGUGAAAGACUUCGAGGUUUGCGAUGUCCCGGUGCGUUCGGGACGGUUUGUAGCUCGCAAAAAUUGGCUCAUCACCGGAUCCGAUGAUAUGCAAAUCAGAAUAUUCAACUAUAACACUCUGGAGAAGGUGCAUUCGUUCGAGGCGCACUCAGACUAUAUUCGGUGCAUAGCUGUGCACCCAACUCAGCCUCUGGUUUUGACCAGCAGUGAUGAUAUGUUGAUAAAACUCUGGAAUUGGGAGAAGCUGUGGGCCUGCCAACGGGUCUUUGAAGGCCACACGCACUACGUGAUGCAAAUUGUGUUCAACCCAAAAGACAACAACACAUUUGCGUCGGCAUCGUUGGAUCGCACAGUGAAAGUUUGGCAAUUAGGUUCGAACUUUGCCAACUUCACAUUGGAGGGCCACGAGAAGGGUGUGAAUUGCGUCGAUUACUACCAUGGGGGUGACAAGCCUUACUUGAUAUCCGGUGCGGAUGAUCGCAUGGUAAAAAUCUGGGACUAUCAGAACAAGACCUGCGUCCAGACACUGGAAGGCCACGCUCAGAACAUCUCCGCCGUCUGCUUCCACCCAGAACUACCAAUUGUGUUGACAGGAUCCGAGGACGGGACUGUGAGGAUCUGGCAUUCGGGAACCUAUCGCCUCGAGACAUGUCUGAACUAUGGAUUUGAGCGUGUUUGGACGAUUGCCUGCAUGCGAGGAACAAACAACGUGGCCCUGGGCUACGAUGAGGGUUCCAUCAUUAUCAAAGUCGGUCGUGAGGAGCCAGCCAUGUCGAUGGACGUGAUUGGAGGCAAGAUCAUCUGGGCCAAGCACUCGGAGAUGCAGCAAGUCAAUCUGAAGGCCCUUUCUGACGAGACAGAGGUCAAGGACGGAGAGAGGCUGCCGGUGGGAGUGAAGGACAUGGGCGCCUGUGAAAUCUACCCCCAAACAAUCACCCACAAUCCCAAUGGACGCUUCGUUGUGGUGUGUGGGGAUGGCGAGUACAUCAUUUACACAUCCAUGGCCCUGCGUAACAAGGCCUUUGGCUCGGCGCAAGAAUUCGUGUGGGCUAUUGAGAGCAAUGAAUAUGCCAUUCGGGAGAACAAUGGAACUGUGAGGCUCUUCAGGAACUUCAAGGAGCGCAAGAGCUUCACCCCAGAAUAUGGCGCCGAAAACAUCUACGCUGGGUACUUGUUCGGAGUUAAGACAUCGUCCGGUCUGGCCUUCUACGAUUGGGAAACCUUGCAGCUGGUGAGACGCAUUGAGGUCCAGCCCAGGAAUGUGUUUUGGAACGAAGCUGGAACGCUAGUUUGUUUGGCUACAGAUGACUCGUACUUCAUACUCAGUGUUGACACAGGAGCCAUAGCCACUGCAAUAGAGACCAAACAAGGUCUCGAGGACGAUGGCAUCGAAACGGCAUUCGAUGUUUUGGGUGAGGUGAACGAGCAGGUGAGGACUGGUCUCUGGGUGGGAGACUGUUUCAUAUACACAAAUUCGGUCAACCGCAUCAAUUACUAUGUCGGAGGGGAAAUCGUGACCAUCUCGCAUCUAGACAGGACCAUGUAUCUGCUCGGCUACGUGCCCAAGGACAACAGACUCUAUCUGGGCGACAAGGAGUUGAAUGUCAUCAGUUUCUCACUUCAGCUGAGCGUGCUGGAAUACCAAACGGCUGUGAUGAGACGAGAUUUCGAGCGAGCUGACGUGGUCUUGCCAACGAUUCCGAAGGAACACCGCACACGUGUGGCGCACUUCCUGGAGAAGCAAGGCUUCAAGUCGCAAGCUCUGCAAGUGUCCACAGAUCCCGAUCACAGGUUUGAUUUGGCUCUGCAGAUCGGCGAACUCGAGGUGGCUCUCAAAUUGGCCCGUGAAUCCGAGAAUCCCCAGAAGUGGUCUGCCUUGGCCGAUGUGGCCUCGCGAAAGAACAACAUGGCUCUGGUCAAGGAGUGCAUGCAGAAGGCGAACGACUUCAGCGGUCUGCUUUUGCUUGCCACCAGCUCCGGCGAUUCUGAAAUGCUGAAGGACUUGGGAGAGGCCGGCUCAGCACAGGGCAAACACAACAUUGCAUUCCUUUCGACCUUCCUGCGUGGCGAUGUUACAGGCUGCUUGAACAUUCUCGUCGAAACAAAUCGCCUGCCCGAGGCGGCGUUCUUCGCUCGCACAUACAUUCCAAGCAAAAUGCCAGAAAUCGUGGCAUUGUGGCGCGAAGAGUUGGCCAAAUUCAAUGAAAAGGCUGGCCAGUCGCUGGCCGAUCCAAGUCAGUAUGAGAAUCUUUUCCCCGGCCUGAGCGAUGCCUUGCGGGUGGAGGAGUUCCUGCAGAAGGAGCAACAGCAGGUUCUGCCAGCUCGGAUCGCAUCUCAGGUCCCAUUGAACAUCAAUCGCAAUCCAUUGGAGGAGAUGAGGGCUGCUGAGGAGAAGGGAAUUUUCGAUGGCAACAAACCCGUAGUCGAUGUUGCUGACCACAAAAAGAAUGAUGAUUUCAUUGCCGCCGAAGCGAGCGCCAGCGCUAGCGCCAACGCCGCUCCUGUUCCACCGGCAGCAACAAAAGCUUCCUCCCUCGACUCAGAAGAUCACAGUGCGGAUGAUGAUCUGGAUUUGGAGAUAGACGGGAUGACUCUGGACGAAAAUAUCGAUACGACCGAUGUGAAUCUGGAUGAGUUCUUAAGCGAUGAUGAUUAGGACUACACAAAAAUCAAGAAAUAUAUUAAAUUACCAAUUGAACCAUCGAACUUGAGGUAACUUGGAAGAUGGCUACUUUAAGUUUGAACUCAUUGUCUUAGCUUGUAUUUUUCUAGGAUACAAACCAACUUCGUAGAGUCUUUCAUUUCGUUUCGUUACUUUUCUUUUUGUUUUCCAGAAGAGAAAAUCUUUGCGCAAGUCAAAAAAGAAUUCCUUCGUUUUUU